AUGUCACAAAAACAAACUCAAUUUAUGGUACUUCCAAAUGAAGUUAUAUACAGUAUAUUCCAUUUCUUAAAAACUUCUGAUAUUCUUCGAGCGUUUGGUCAACUUAAUUGUCGAUAUGAUGAUCUUAUUCGAUUUCAUAUCAAACGAAUUGAUCUUACUGAUGAUUGGGAUGGAAAUCUACAAGACUUUAAAUGGAUCUGUAGAUCGAUUCAAACGCUCAAAAUUAAUCAAUACUACAUUCACUGGUUACGUGCUCUAGAUCCUAAGAACAAUUUAUCGCAAUACCAUCAAAAACCUUCAUUUUGGACUAUUAUUAAAAAUAUUUUCACUUGCUCCCAAAAAAUGACAAGAUCAUCUCGAUAUUAUUUACAACGCACCAUUCUUAAUGUUAAUUAUCAAUUUUCUCAACUCCAUUCGCUUCAUCUUGUCAACAUAUGUGAGUGGACCAAAGUGAUAUCUAACAUGAAUUUGAAAAGUCUUAGUCUUUGGUUUGAUGAUGAUCAUCGUUAUCACCGCGAGAAAGGAUUUAUACCUCAAACAGUGACCCGAUUCUCUACAAAUAUUGCCAUUGAGGCAAAUAAAUUUCAUUUGGGUUUGAUUGAUCUGGAUGUGUGUAUUAGCUCAAUGCCUCAUUUGCUUGAAAUUGUCGAACGGACACCUAAUCUUCAACGUCUAUCAGUUACUUUUGCUGAUUGUUUUCUCCAGUGUUAUGAGAAAGUAAAUUACACGUAUAGUUAUUUCGAAACGAUAGUAGCCAACUUUCGUCCAUUAAUCAAUUUAACCCAUCUUUGUCUUAGUACGAAACAAAUUAACAAUAGACCAACUAACGAACGUUUUCCAUUCGAUCAAGUUCAAUUAUUCAUUGAUCAAUGUUAUCUAAAGACAAGUAUUCUUAGAAAAGUCACUCUGAACUUUGAUUAUAUUAUGUUUAAUGAAAAUCUAUGGUCAACAAUCGUACGAUAUAAAAACACAUUUGAUCGUUUCGAUUUCUAUGCUUCAUUUACAGUAAACGAUAUAGCCUCGAUAAUUGAAACAAUUCAGUCAAAUAAUGAUCAUUUUGACUAUCAUAUUGAAGAUGUUGAUCCAAAAUUUUCACGAGCUGGUUUUGUACAUAUUUAUUCAUUACCAUUUGCUUUCGAUAAACUUCAUGGAUUUAUUUCAUGCUCGGAACUAGGUUCUCGAUCUUCAUUUUUAAGUGUUCGUCAUCUUUAUUUGACGAGAAAUUAUCUCGCUCGUCCCAUUUCAUUUGAAUCGAUAGCAAGAUGCAUGCCAAAUCUCAUUUCCAUUGAUUGUAAUUUUUCAUUCGAUUAUAGCCGUGAUAUUAAAAUUUCACCACUCAUUUCUGAUCAAGACAUUCUCAAUUAUGUUCGCUUUUUUCGCUUCAUAGCGGAGUGUAGGUGCAGGCCUGAACCUUGUAUCUGCUUUACUCAACUUUCUCAACUACUCGAUCGAAUGCCACGCUUACAAUAUCUGAUUAUUUCUGAACAUGCUUUGAGAAAUGGGUGGUAUUCAUUAGCAUCUCUUGAACGGCUCGAUUUUCGACAACAUGAUUUCAAAUCAUCUCAUCGGUUACCAGAACAUGCUCCGCAUUUAUCAACGCUUUUCUUCGAUUACGAGUUGUCAUCUGUAAACACCUUAUCAUCUGUAGACAACUUAUCAGAUAUCGUCAGUUCUCUGUAUAUGGGAAUUCCAUCGCUGAAAUUUAUUUCACUCAAGACUUACCGAAUCCCUUUGCCGCGAUUGCCAUAUAAAAAGACGCGAUUGCCAUUGCCAUGCCAAACGAUAGCUAAACAAGCUUUAGUCCACAUGCAAAGUAAGCAUAAUCGCCUUCGUCAUCUGACACUUAACUACGAAUAUGCAGUAAUGGAAUUUUUUCUUGAAAAUAUGUAA